GGUCCCCGCGGGGCCGCGCCCGCCCCCUGCCGCCUCCCCCCUGCCGCCUCCCUCCCUCCCUCCCUCCUCCCGCAGCGGGGCGGGGGCGGCAUGUGAGGCGGGGCCGCCCCCCUGCCGCAGCCGCUGGGCACCGGCCGCUCCGCUCCGCGCCUCCCGGGGGCUCCCGGCCCCGCUCGCCAUGAAGAAGUUCUCCCGCAUGCCCAAGGCGGAGGGCGGCGGCGGAGGCGGUGGUGGCGGCGGCGGCGGCGGCGGGGCGGCGGGCGGCGGCUCGGCGGGCGGCGGCGGCGGGGGCAGCGGGGCCGCCUUGGGCAAGGUGUUCGCCGUGGGGCGCUACCAGGUCACCGCCGAGGAGCUGCUGGCCGAGGGUGGCUUCUCAACUGUGUUCCUGGUACGCACCCAUGGUGGGAUACGUUGUGCACUGAAACGAAUGUAUGUUAAUAAUGUGCCAGACCUCAACAUAUGCAAGAGAGAAAUUACAAUUAUGAAAGAGUUAUCUGGGCACAAGAACAUUGUCAGCUAUUUGGAUUGCGCUGUUAACUGUGUAAGUGACAAUGUUUGGGAGGUACUCAUUCUCAUGGAGUACUGUCGAGCCGGGCAGGUUGUGAAUCAGAUGAAUCAGCGCCUGCAGACAGGCUUUACUGAAUCUGAAGUAAUGAGAAUAUUUUGUGAUACCUGUGAAGCUGUUGCUCGAUUGCAUCAGUGCAAAACCCCUAUAGUUCACCGGGAUCUAAAGGUGGAGAAUAUAUUGUUAAAUGAUAGUGGAAACUAUGUUCUCUGUGAUUUUGGCAGUGCCACCAACAAAUUUCUUAAUCCUCAAAAAGAUGGUGUUAAUGUGGUUGAAGAAGAAAUUAAAAAGUAUACAACACUGUCGUACAGAGCUCCUGAAAUGGUCAAUCUUUACGGAGGGAAACCAAUUACUACCAAGGCAGAUAUCUGGGCACUUGGCUGCUUGCUGUAUAAACUUUGUUUCUUUUCACUUCCAUUUGGAGAAAGUCAAGUUGCUAUUUGUGAUGGAAGUUUUACCAUUCCGGACAAUUCCCGAUACACUCAUAGUAUACACUGUUUGAUAAGAUAUAUGCUUGAACCAGAUCAAGAACAGAGACCUGAUAUCUUUCAAGUAUCUUACUUUGCCUUUAAACUUGCCAAAAAGGAUUGUCCAGUGUCCAAUAUUAAUAAUUCUCCUGUCCCUUCAACUCUUCCUGAACCCAUGACAGCUAGUGAGGCAGCUGCUAGAAAAAGCCAAAUAAAAGCAAGAAUAACAGAUACUGUUGGACCAACGGAAACCUCAAUUGCACCGCGACAGAGACCAAAGGCCAAUUCAAGCACUGCCACUUCCAGUGUUCUGACGAUCCAGAGCUCAGCAACUCCAGUCAAAGUACAAGUUCCUGGUGCAUUUGGUAAUCGUGGGCAAAAAGGAACCCCAAGACCUGGAAAUGGGCAAGAGAUCUUGCUGUCCCAAGGGACCACUCAGCAUCAUCCGCAGCAGAACAGAGUUCUCCAGCAGCUGCAGCAGGGGGACUGGAGACUACAGCAGUUGCACCAUUUACAUCACCAGCAGCAGCACCCUUCAAUUCAGGAGGCUUACAUUCAGCAGUAUCAACAAGCAAUGCACCAGCAGAUGGUCCAACAGCAGCUGUUGAUGCAGUCUGUGUACCAGCAGCAACCUUCCCAAUCUCAAUAUCCUGCUAUGGUGCAGCAAUAUCAGCAGGCUCUUAUACAGCAGCAGAUGCUUGCUCAGCAGCAGCAGCGGUUGCAACAGCCGCAAUCUCCUGAAUUUAUCACUUCUCCACAAGACUUCUCACCAGCCUUAAUCUCCUACCCUGCAUCACUUCCAGUGCAUGCUGGAAUGGUGGCAGAUUCUCCCUAUGCUGCAAACAGGUCAGGUAUUCCUGAUGCUGAGGCAAUUACCAGUUACCCGAAGCAGAGCAUCAAUAACCCACCUGAUAUGUCAGGCUGGAACCCAUUUGGAGAGGACAAUUUUUCCAAGUUGACAGAGGAGGAGCUGCUGGACAGAGAAUUUGACCUGCUAAGAUCAAACAGGCUGGUGGACAGGAGAGCAUCUCCAGAUAAGAAUGUGGAGCUACAUUCUGCUCCACAGAAAAAUCCUCCCGAAGAUCCCUUUGGUUCUGUUCCUUUCAUUUCUCACCCAGGUUCCCCUGGAAAACAAAUGGAUAACUCAUCCAGCAAUCAAGGAAAUAACUUCGGGACUGCAACCAAGGCUGGAAAACUGAGCCAUGCUUUCAGAGAUCCCCGGGCAGGGAGGAAGACAGCAGAGGGACAAGUGCCAAAAGGUGGCGAUGAGUCAGAGAGUGAUUUUGAAUCUGAUCCUCCCUCUCCAAAGAGCAGCGAGGAAGAAGAAGAGCAGGAGGAUGAGGAAGUCUUACAAGGUGAGAAUGGAGACUUCAACGAUGACAACGAUACGGAACCAGAGAACUUAGGCCACCGGCCUCUCCUCAUGGACUCUGAGGAAGAGGCAGAGGAAGAGGAGGAAGAAAAGCAAAGUUCUGACUCUGAUUCUGAUCGCACCAAGCAAAAAUCUGUGAAAGGGCUCUCGAGCAGUAGGUUCAGAGGUGGCGUGGGAGUCAGUGAAGUUAAAGAACCCAGUUUAAUGCAUACGUCUCAGGUGCCAACUACUGUAAUCAAGGCGAGCCCCGUCCAAGAAUUUGAUGUGUUUGGGGCAGUGCCCUUUUUUUCUCUUCAGCCUCAAGCAAGAGAGAAGAGUGACAAAAAUACCUCUUCUCAGACUGCUUUUCCCAGCCUGAACCAAGAGCAGGAUGACUUUGAUGUUUUCACAAAAGCCCCGUUCAGCAAAAAGGUGUCACAGCAAGAUGGCCAGCUGGUGGGCACUGAGGCUCACCUCUCGCCCACCUCGCCACGGGGUGUCGAUGUUUUUGGCUGCACCCCAUUUCAGCCUUCCCUUCUCCCCAGGGUGAGCGGGAGUAAAGAGGACCUGUUCGGGCUGAUUCCUUUUGAAGAGAUCACAGGGAGUCAGCAGCAGCAAAAGGUGAAGCAGCAGCGAAACCUGCAGAAACUUUCGUCCCGCCAAAGGCGCAUGAAACAGGAGGUCUCGAAGAACAACGGCAAGCGCCACCAUGGCACCCCGACCACCACGAAGAAGCCUUUGAAGCCCAACUACCGCACCCCGGAGAGAGUCCGCAGGCACAAGAAAGCAGGCCGCAGGGACUCCCAGAGCAGCAAUGAGUUCCUGACCAUCUCGGACUCCAAAGAGAACAUAAGCGUCUCCUUGACGGACAGCAAAGAUCGAACCAACCCCCUGCAGACAGAUGAGAAUCUGCUGGAUCCUUUUGGAGCCAAACCCUUCCACCCACCGGACUUGAUGCGGCAUCCCCAGCACCAAGGGUUUGGUGACAACUGCGGGGAUCACGGUGCAGUAGUAGUGGCUAGUAGGCCUAGGCAGAGCUCCUUGCAUGGAGCCGUCCACGGUGGCGAUGGGCUGAAAACAGAUGACUUUGGUGCAGUACCCUUCACAGAACUUGUUGUGCAGAGUGCCCAGAGCCAGCAGCAGCAGACGCUCGAGUUGGAUCCCUUUGGAGCAGCUCCGUUUCCUUCCAAACAGUAAAUGCUUCCAGUGGGUUCCCCCUUCCACCUCUCGGGGUCACUUGGUAGUGGUUUUAAUUAGUGGAGUAAUUUAUCUGGUUGACAGGGACCUGGGCUAUAGUUUAUUCAAGUUAAAGAAGGCAUGGCCAACUUGCACAAUGAAAUUCAGAAUUAUAGCAAUUGUUAUCAUUUUUUUGGAGAAAAAUAGAAAAAAACAAAACACCACAGGAGCAUCCUUUUUUUUAUGACAGAUGGCUCCCAGAACAUAAAGAGGAAUCAGAUGUGAAUCAGUGUCUGUCACUGACUCUUGGCCCUGGAACAUAUUGUCAUUCUGCACUUUCGCAUUGCCUUUUCAGCCCUCGGUGAUGUGCUGAGGUGGAGGGAGGGGGACAGGCAGAGAUCACAUGAGAAAGGUUUUCCAUAUAUACAGGUAGGCUAGAGGAACUGUGGUUCUUCUUUGUGUCUCGGUUGCAGUAGACCCAAGAACCUAAACGUACUAAUAUCCAGAUUGAUAUGCUGGAAAUAGUCAAGUCUUUGCUUCCUGGAUGAAAACUACCUUUAUUAAUUAUAAAAAUAAAGAAGCCAAGUCUUCAAGGGGCUGUGGCCCAGAAUUCCAGAGCGCGGCUAUGGCUUGGGACCUGAUAGACAUCUAUGCAGCUGCAGAGCUGAGAGGCAGAUUAUUUUUUUGUGUGCCUAAAUGUUCAAUUUUAUUAUUAUUAUUUUUUUACAGUAAGUGCCAUUAAUGUAAAAUAGCAAACUGGAAGUCUAGAGUUAAAACUAAAGAUGCAGAGAAUAUAAUGGUUUGUGAAAUGGAAAGUAUGAAUGUAGGGAGUAAACCGGCAGGGAUGCAGCCAGUGUUUGCAGCACUUUGAAGACUACUCAGUACGCUGGGGAAGAGAGGCUGGUUUACAUGAGUAAGAAUCUGGCACAGAUGGAGUAUUCCAGAUGACUUGAACAGUUGACUGUGAAAUGCACCAUCAGUUUUAUUUGAUUACAAAGUGGGGUUUGUGUCUGAAAACACCUUUUCUUUUCCUCUUGGAUUUUUAUUGCAAAGAAAGCGUGUAUUCUUUCAAAACUCAUGUUGUUUUUUAAAACAAUAAUAAUUUUAUGAAGUGACUGUAACCUAAUGUUCUCAAGUUCUGAUGAAUCUGCUAUUGUACUUAAGUGUAUUUUAUAAGAAAGUUUUGCUAAAUGCACUGAGCUUUGAAGAAGCUUAUCUGAAACCGGAUUUGUUUCAGACCAGAAGCAGUAAGCAGCAGGUAGCCUGCAGAUGCUGAUCGCUACUGUACCAGUAAACUGCGUUUCACACCACGAAGCCUUACAGGCAGGAUUCCUGUCCUGCUGCACAGUACCUCCGAGACAUUAGGUGCACGAGACGUGGCUGAGAGCUUGGAGCCUGCAGUGCCGGCAGCUGCUGGGAAGGAAGGGGACGCGGACAGGCUCACUGGAGAGAUGUCCUUCCUGCGUCGUGUGCAGGUGGGCCUGCACCCCGCUGCCUUGCGGCCUGCGUCAAGCCAUUUACACCGACCGCAGAGCGAGUACAAAUCAGAACGGCCCAGUUUGCCUUGCUUCCGUGGCAAUCCUAAAGAGGAGGUAUCAGGAGAUGGUUCCUCUGCUUGUCUCAGCUUUAUGUCCUGCUCUACCGAAUGUUGAAGAGUAAAUGUAAAGUAGAUGUUCACAUAUGGUGACCAUAAAAGUUUAAGGUUGUUUUUCCCUGCCCUCCCUUCCCCCUGCCUUAGCAGGAGGUGAAGUGAAAUAUUUAGGGUUGUGUAUUUUUUUUUUUUUUCCUGAAGUCUACUGCUGGUUAUACAGUCACUCUGAGAUCUGUGAGGGUCCGGGUAGAUCCCUUAAAUAUCUGUUUAAAGAUGGCAUGUUAAAAACAAAUCCCUUUUUUCUUUUGUGGGCUGGUUUGAUAAAAUGCUGCCUCACGUAUCUAGUGAGUUUGUUUCCCUUAGUCCUGGAUUCUGAAACUAGCUCAUGCAUAUCUGUACACUUUCAUUAUCUUCCUUUAUUAAUUUUUUUCUGACAAGGUGAAAGAGAAAUAUUACAGCUCUGCUUGGUUACGAAUGACCUGUUCAGGCUUAGAAUUUAAGCUUUUAGGAAUACGUGAGUAGAAAUGUUUCAACUCUAUUUGCACAGGAGUUUCUUAGGCUUUAUUACUACUGUUCUCACCUGUUGGGUUUUUUUUUAUGCCAAAGGCUGUAAGAAACGCACGCCAAGUCUGUAGCAUUUUCUGAUACUCAGGUUAACUGUGAUUUUGUUUUUAUGCGCAUGCUUAUUAGCUGCCUUCCUACAGUUUCCUUUUGAACUGUUACUUACCUGCCUAAAAACACUUGUUAGUACAGAAUAUUAUGACAAAUGGGGCAGAUAGGUGGAAACAAGAAGAAAACAAGCAACUGACCUGCUGCUUUUGCUGGUGGAAGAGCAGCAUCAGGGUUUGCACAGCCGUUGGAUGCUGGAGGUGUGGGUUAGCAAUGUGCACCGGGACUGGGCUUAACACCACUGCCUAAGAGCAGCAGUGGUUCGCCCUUGAACACUGAGGGGAAAGGCAGUGUGCCGACAGACCUAGCGUUGGUCUAACUCCUCAGGUAAAUCCAGCGAAGAGGGAGUUGGGUUUGUUUUUUGUCUGAUGACCCUGAGAUGCAGGCUGAGGAGUGUAACAGGUUUUCCUUGUGUGGUGGGUGUUGUCUUUUUUGUUAUUUUUUUGUUUUUGACAGAAGGCUCAUAAGUGGUUUCAUUACAGGAAAGCUGGAGUUGGGUUGUACACAAACUGAUAGAGGAGAUGAAAGCAAAACGUAAACCCAAGUUACUCUAAAACUGGCAUAAUGGCUGCGUAUGAGUUAGGGCCGAUGAUGCUUGCUUUCUUCUGGCCUUAAUAAACCUUGCUCUUUGUACUCUACUUAUGAAACAGCUUUUUGCAUAAACGUAAUUUUUAUGUUUCGGAAGUGAAAAUGAUUGUUUUUUCUUCUGACUGAGAAGAGAUCAGCAUGCCUCGCUUGACUUGGCAUGCUGUAUUUGGUCUGCAGCUUGGGUUUAAGAUUCAGCUAAGAUUCAACAGAGACAAAACAUGGUACUGCUGGGGAACAUGGUAUACUUUUGCCUGUAUUCAGUGUGUGUGCAUGCUCAUCUGUGCACUUGUCAUGGAGUCUUUUGUGACCUUACGUGAAGUACUGGAAAGACCAGACUUGUACCAUACUGUCUGUGAAGACAGUGAUGGCAAGGUAAGGAACUAACGCUUCCCUUCCAACAGAAAAUAUCAAUUAAUUUUUACAGUUCUUUCAGUGUGUUGAAUGACUGAACCAUAGACCUUUCAGAAUCGGCUGCUCAGGACAGAGAUUCUGUCAGAGGUACUAAGGAGUCCUUCAUGGUGACGGUCAUGAAAGAAAAACUAGAAGUUGAGUUUCUCUGCAGACUCUCAGAUAGCCUUGAGAUGUGCGUAAUUGCUUUUGCUGACUUGUAACGUGGGACCUGCAAAAACCAACUUGCAAGGAAAUAGCUUUUAAUCAUUCUGGUUGUCCCAGUUAGUAAAACUAAGUACUGUGAAAAUAAGUUGAUAUAUUUGCUACUGUGAGAAUAAGAGUUUAUCUGGAGUAUUUUAUACUAUAUUGUGUAUUUUUAUAUAUGAAAAGUAUAUAUAAAAUAUACACGUGAUCACACACAUCAUGCUAUAUUUUUAGUAACAGUGCAGCCACAAUCAUUUUGAUGGAAUUAGGAAGAGCGAAUGAGUGAAAUCUGCAAAAGAAAAAAGUGUAAAGGGUGGCUGCUGAGUUACUUUUCCUGCUUCUUUUGAAAGGAAAAUCAAGGAAAUUGUGUGUAUAGCUAAGUCCGUGACUAAGGCAUCACCUACUAUUAAAGAGCAUAAAAACUAUUUUAAAAUUGCUGGCAUUCAGCUUUUAAGUGCACUUUCCUGAACUACACUUCCAUUUCUUGUUAGACUUCAAGUUUCUAAAGCUUUUUUGUGUACCACUAAACAGAGAACUUUUAACUUUUUUGUGAAACUGAUGUACAUCAUAAAAUACUGCAGUUGUUAAAUAAACAAACAUGGUAACAGUGA